ACUCUCUUGAAAUUAGGCUUUAACUUUUUAAAGCUGUAUCUUUUCUCUUCUGUUUGUAAGAAACACACUACCAGGCUGUCAAAAUGCAGGAGACCAGUGGAACUUACUCUUUUUACAGGCAUUUCAGUGUUUUAUCUCUUUAGUUAACUGUUCUUAGCUAUAAUCAUUUUGUUUUGUUUUGUUUUAAAGUUUAUGUAAUUGACUAAGACAGGAAUGAAGUUGCUUGGGAUUAGUGCUUGGAGAAAUGCGGACAAAUCAUCCUGUUUGCUGUUUCUUGGUGUCUUUCUGGUGCUGAGUGUGCAUGUCUCCCAAUCCAAUGCUUUUUGGAUUGCUCAUCUGAACAUAUCACUUCAAAUAAGGAACAAGACUGUAUGGGAGCUGGCUGACAAUGGAGUAUUUGGAAAAAACUCCCCAUUGAAGACUGUGUCUGGAGUGGUGGUGCCACCAUCUGGACCAUACCAAAUUGCCUGCAGUCCCUUAACAAACUUCAGCAGGCCUACGCACUCUGAGACCUGGAUAGCCCUCAUUAUGAGGGGACACUGUACCUUCACAAAGAAAAUAAAUGUGGCAGCAAAGAAGGGAGCAAUUGGCGUGAUUAUCUAUAACCAUCCAGGCACAGGCAAUGGAGUAUUUCCUAUGAUUUACCUGGGUUCAGAAGAUAUUGUUGCAGUUAUGAUUGGCAAUCUGAAAGGCAUGGACAUUCUACAUUUGAUACAGAAUGGCAUCAAAGUAGUAAUAGCAAUAGAAGUAGGGAAACACUAUGGUUCCUGGAUGAAUCAUUAUUUGGGGUCCCUUCUUCUCUGCACAUUGGUGACAGUGGCCUAUUUUACCUUUUAUUGUGCUGGAAGGCUAAGGCUAGCGAGAAUUCAGAUUGAGAGAUACCGACAAUUAACAGAUGUAAAGAAAGCUAUUGGUCAACUUGAGCUUCGCAUAUUAAAAGAGGGUGACAAGGAAGCUGAUACAGAUGCAGAGAACUGUGUAGUGUGUCUGGAAGUAUACAAGCCCAAAGACGUAGUACGCAUUUUAAGAUGCAGCCAUAUUUUCCAUAGGUUGUGCAUUGACCCUUGGCUGCUACAGCACAGAACAUGCCCAGUGUGCAAAUGUGACCUUCUCAAACCUAGUGAAGCUGAUCUGCCUGUCAGAAAUGAAGCAGAAUCUUUACAAGCUGUAGUGCCAAAUGAAGCUCUUGACACCACUUUGCUUAAUGAAGAAGAUAGUCAUAAUGAAUAUGUGUUAGUGCAAGAUUCAGAGAGCUCCUCAAUGGAUGAAUAACUUUCUUCUUCACAGAUGGAUAAUCAAACCAGUUUGCUGGUUCUUCAUGUUGCUUCACCUUGAUUACCUUGUUUGUUUAAGGUCAAAAUUAAACUUAUAUUCUUGAAAUAAAUUCCUAAAUUCUGU